AUGAUUGACCUCGCCGCACUGCUCGAAGAGAAAGAAGUGCUCCGAGGCGGACGACGACAGCAUGGCACUGAUUUGCAGGCACGGAUGGUGGCGCUGCAGGACGAUGCAGCCGGCACCUCCGUUAUGUUCACAGUGCGCGAACGCAUCCUCAAGGCAUCGGAGCAGAUCCAGUUCCUCGCAAGCUUGUCCAAGGUGGAGGCUGGCAAAGCACAGCGCGAUUGGGAGCGAAAAGCCAUGGCCGUCCUGAUAGCAUGGGCAUUUCCCGAGCUGCUCGCAGAGGUGAUUAAUGCCCAUCAGAAGUCAGAAGUGCCCGGCGAUUGGGAUGACAGGAAGUACUACAAGCUCGUCAGCGGCGACGAGGUUUUUGUGGACACCAAGGACAAAUUGGCAGAAUGCAAUCGAUUAAUCGUGGCAUCUGCCACCGGCGGCAAGGUUUUCUGGGCGAUGCCGGCCGACUUCCAGUUGCUCGCAGACUACGGCAUCGAUGCCUCAGAUCCUGUGAACCACAAGAUUUUGAGCCGGCGUGGCUCAGACGAGGAGGGUGCCAAGCUUGACAUGCCGGAAGUCCGGCGAUACUUCAUAGGCAAGAACUUCGAUGGGGCUCAUUCGCCGGAGGCCGCUGCUGAGCUCGCCGAAGUUUCUUGCGCACUCGCUAUAGCUGGUGCCAGGGGCCCAGAAGAAAGGCCGGAGACACCGAACAAGGUUUACGAUGAAGAGUGCUUCACCGUCCUGGGCGAUGAACUGCACCCACGGCUCGAGGAGCAUCGCGAGUGGCUGAACGGGCAGCACAAGGCAUGGUCGACUUUGAGCCAAAAGCCUGGAGAUUUUCGUGGGUUCGCAGCAAAUGAGUUCUACGAUCACUUGGCCCCACUGCUGCUGGAAAGGAUCAAUGACAUCCAUCCAGUUUGCUGUGUCUACUUCAUGUGGAGCUUUUGUAAGCCGCUGAUCCUGUGCACGGUGGCGAGCUCAGCCGCUUCGGGUGAGGACCUGUUUGAGGCAGUUGCCCAGAAGGUCGUGCCGGAG